GUUGUUGAGGCUAUUGAUAAUGAAGAUGAUGAGGAUGAUGAUGAUGCUAGUGAGCCACAGCCUGAUAAUUCUAAAUCCAGACCUAAAAUUAAGCUGCUGUUUAAACCAAAGAAGGGUACUAAAGGUCAGUUAAAUAACAACAACAACAACAACAACAACAUCUUUAUUUCUUACAUUAAAUAUACAAAUAUCACACUACCUGCAAAUAGCAAGGCUAAUCGAGGCAGGUGGUGUGUAGACGGCUUAAGAUUUAUUACGAAUAGUUGAAGUGAAGUACCAUAUUUUAUAAUAAAAAAGGUCAGUCACGAGAGAAAUUGAGAUAAGAAAAUCGAGGCAGCUAUUGAGAUAAGCGGGACUAAUAUUUUUUAAAAUCGGAGAUUAUCGUGUUUAGGUCAGCAUUAUCCUAAACUUCAAAUAUUUUCAACAGAAUUGUAUGAACUUUUUCCUUAAAGAGAGAUUUUGAAGAAUUUCGUAAAUUUUCAGGUAUACUAUUCCAAAUUUUGGCUCCCAUAAUAGAAAACGAAUCACUUUUCUGAUUUAGUCUAGAGUGGCUAAUGUAAUAAUUUCCAGAAGAGGAGGAGCGAGUGCUGUAAGAGUGGAUUUGUUGAGUAGGAAUAAAGAGAUGUGAAAUAUAUUUUGGGGGGCAGUGUUAUUGUAAACAUCAAACAUUAACAUCGAAGAAAGCUUAAAAUAGAGCAUUGUAAUAGGCAUAAUAUUAGAGUGAAGAAAGUAAGGGACGGCAUGAGAGCGGAAAGGUGCGAAGUUAAUUAGGCGCACAACUCUCUUUUGUAGUGUAAGGAGUUUCUCCAAAUGAGUUUUUGCAGCCUGGCCCCAGGCAACGAGGCCAUAAGAAAGAUAAGGGAAGAUUAAAGAAUUGUAAAUCCCGAAAAGUGUCUUAAUUAGGAGGAACAAAAUGUCUUAAUUUAGAUAACAUAAAUCUUGUUUUUCAAUUUUGUAACUAUUUAAAGUGGAACCCACCAUAAUGAAGUUCUAAGGGUUUGCAAAAUCGUUUAAUGUAAUUUGGAGAGGUUUAGAAUCACAUUUAUGGCAAAUGGCAAAUGGCAAACAGCAAUAAUUCAACCAUGUGCAUGACCAAGUGUUUCUGCUACUUUUUGUUUACAUUUUCUUAUAUAUAUACACACAUGAGUAUAAGCCUCAUGUCAUGUUUAUCCAUGAGACUGGCUGUUUAAUUCCUUAUUUGAGAAUUCGAAAUAGUCAACUUUAAUCUGGCAUUUUCUGUUUGCCAUAAAUGUAAUUCUAAAUCUGUGCAAUAUAUUGUGAUGUUAUACAAAAUGCCUUGUUCAUUCAUAGUAACUCUGGCAGUAGUGUCCAUUCAGCAUGAAGAUAUGUGCUAAGUAAAGGUUUAUUACCUUGUGGUUUGACUGUGUUCAAGUCAUUUCAUAUUAUUCAACUUGGAGAAAUAUUAUUUUUAUCUUAUGAAAGGUGAAAACUUUAAGAAAAUAAUAUUAUAAACUGCAUGUAUAUGUUGUGGUUUAAAUUUUUCGUUGGUUUAAAAUUUUUCAAAGCUGUUUAAUUUUUGUUUUUCUUUGUCUCUGAUUAUGGUAAUUGAUUUUAGACAAAGGAAAGUAAAAAUUAAACUGGUUUGAAAAAUUUUAAACCAAGGAAAAAUUUGAAUCACAACAUAUAUAACAACCAUAACUCUUUUUUAUUUGGUGAAACAAAUGAUUAAUUUUUAAAAUCUGCUCUAAUUUGUUUUUGUUUUUCCCAAGGUGACAGAAAAUCUAAAAUUGUAGAUGAUGACAGUGAUCGGGGAAGUGAAGCUAGCUCAGGAAGUAGGUCAAAGAAGAGUAAUGGUAGAGCUAGCACUAAAAGUAAGGGAAGCAAAAAGAAAGCUGUUGAAAUAGCUGAUGAAGAUAGUGAUGCAAGCCAGGCCAGUGGAAAAAGCACCAAGAAGAAGCCUGCCAAAAAUACUGGGAAGACAAAGAAGGAAAGGACUGUCGUCAAAAAGAAGAAGAAAGAAAGAAAGAAACAAAAGUACAGGUGAGAGAUGUGAGUCUUUGUUGCAAUUGUGAUUCGAGGUUUGUGAUUUCAGUAGAUUUCCUUUUCCAGUAAAAAGAUGUUUGUGAUCAGCCAAAAAAGCCAAUCCUGAUAAGUACAAAUGUACAUAUAUCUACAAAAGAAUUUUAAUGACACCAAAAUCGAAUUUAACUACUUUUUUCAAUAAUGUUAAAAUGUUGCAAAUUGAAAAAUAUGGAAAAUUAAAAAUUAACAAGCUUUUGAAGCACUUAAAAAGUCAAGUGGUGUAUGCGCUUAAACCACUAAGUGGUUUAAGUGGACACACCACUGUCUUGAUGUCUGUUGAUGUCACAUGUCCUGUGUCAUCAAGUUCCAACAUACAGCUUCAUUGUAGACAACUUUUGCACCUUGCCUCUGUAGAAUCUGUCAAAUGGUACCUGAAUAAGCACAAUUUACUCAAUCAGGAUUUUAAAAAAUGCUAAAUACCAUAUUAAGUUGACUAUAAAAGUUUAUCAAGGCUGUGCUCUAAGAGAAUUUGAAGGGACCCCAGUGCUCUUGAAAUUGUGAAGUCCGAGGUGUCCAGCAUAUGCUUUUUAUGGAAAAAAACCAAGAUUCCCUAUUUACCCAGGAGGAAAAAUAGGGCGCUAGGCAGGGGCCACUGGGUGAUUCCAGAGCACUUCCUUUUUCUAUAACUCAUGAUCCUCCAAGAAUUGUGGCUCCAACUUUCUACUAGUCCAAAAGCAUUUUGUACUAGUGAAGCUGUGGACUAUUGCUAAGGUUGAGAACUGUUUAGGUGGAUUUUUUUAUUUUAAUUAUUCAUUUAUGAGUGUGAUGAAUCUAACAUGUUGGUUUUACAUUGGUUUGUAGGAAAUGAUGAAGAUAAUGUCAUGGGUGUGGUAAGUCAUGAUCACUUGGCAAACUAUUUUAAAAGUAUACUUCAAUCUUUAUUAGGAAGCUUAACACGGUGUAGACAGCAGUGAACAUUUCACUUUAAAAUGAAUUUUUGUUCUUUCAAACUCUAUUGCUUUCAUUUAUUUAGCCUCUCUCAUUUUGUCAAAUGUGUAUUUAUCUUCAAAAAGAAAAAGAAACAAUAUUAUUGUUGUCAUGUGUUCCCAUCCUCUAUUAAAUGUCUCAUUAGGAAGUUUUGCACUGUUAUUGUGCAGUGGACAUCAAGGAAAUAACUAGCCUGCAUAGCUGGUGGUAUUGUGUGGGUGCAAGAUUAAAGUUUUGGCGGCGGAGCCGUGUUCCAAAAAAAGGGAGCAGGGACGAGGCGGUUGAAAUACUGCCUGCCAGAAAACCCCGGUAUUUUGAAUAGUCCACACACUAGGGUGCGGAGAAACGGAUUGGUCGAGGGCCGUACAUAUGUCAAUCAUGUUAGAUGAUCCUUCACAUAUAUUUCCCAAUUAAGGGAGCAGAUGGCAAACUGGAAAAGACGUAAGUGAUUGUGGUUUCCCCUUUAAAAAGAGCAUAAUUGAUGACCAAAUUGCUGAAAUGGCGUGUUUAUAAACUUCACAGCACUGGAAUUGUCUUUAUUUAGCCGUAAGAAACAAAGGUCAAAGAAAAUUAAAACACUUUUACAACUGCAUCUGAGACCAAAUCCUAUCAAGAACACCUACAGAAGAAUAAACCACAGGAAAUGGUAACAAACCAGCUUCAUGACCUUUUAAUGUUAAGCCUAGCUUGGCAAAAAGAUAUUUACUCAGUCAAAGUUUAGAAUGAUACAUGUACUGUGUAGUGCUAGUAACCUUCGCGUGAGAGCCGAGAAAAUAAAAAAAACUUCUGUUCAAGCAAACUCACGAGGUCACGUUUCACAUUAUCACGAGCUUAGGAGUCGUGUUUAGCCUGUCAACACUUAUUUCUAAACUGUCUUGCGUGAAAAUAAUCGGCUGAUUUAAAUGGGAUCAGCUAAGGUGACAAAAAUGGGCGGCAUUCGAAAAAUCAUGGUUCUCUGGCAGGCGGUAUUUCUCGCGGCUUUGCCGUUCGUGACGGCUCCGCGGUCAAAUCUCACUCGACUAUAUCACAACAGCUCGGCCGCCAAAUCUCACUCGACUACUACACAAUACCGCCAGCUACGCAGGCUAGGAAAUAACCAAAAUGCAUGAUGCACGCACAGAGUAUAGCCUGUGUACAGACGUCCCCUCUGCCUCAGACAAAAUCGGGAGAAGAGACGUCUGUGAAUUGCCGAUGAUAAUUGUGUUCCUGUUUCCCUGGAAUGUUGGGGACAGCCUCUGAUUGGUUAUAAUGUUAAUUAUGCCGUGAUGCAAAUAGUUUCCAGUGUUGUGAUUGGUGAAUGAAUCUCAGAAUAGAUUCCCCGGGGAAAACCUUAGCCUUUGUGGACAGUUUACCACAUUUAUAUUUGUUUACUUGUAUUUCGGCUCUCUGGAAUGGGCAUGCGAAAUUAUAGCCUGUUCCAGGCGUUCAGAUAGUGGGGAGCGGUGCGAAGUAAAAAGGAGCGCGAAAAAAUAAAAGCGAGGGAGGAGGAGAGGUGAGAGAGGGAACGCCUGUUAGAUUUGUUUUAAAUAGACUCUUCCGCCCAGUCAGACCUCAUCAGCUGUAGGUGGUCUUCACUUGUCAAUCAAGACUGGUGUUAUAACCCGAUGCAAUUAUUAUUUUCUUGCGAAUAAAUCGAAGUUUGUCAGAUCAAAAAUUAAUAUUAUGUUUACGUAAUCUUACUAAAAACCCAAUGUAAGACUUUCAGACAAUAGAAGACGGGAGAAGUAUUCAUGUAUAAUGAACUUAUUUAGGGCUUUAAAACAUGAUUUCAGCGUGUACGUGACAAAAAAUUAUGAAUCAAGUGACAAACAAAUAUCGAUCAUUUCGAUAGAAAGCCGUUUCAAUACAGAUCGUUAACUCAAGCAAUGAAAAUGCACAACAAUUGAAGGGAAAAUUUACUAUUCGGUGAUUGAGUGGACCUCGUCAAUAGCGAUAGCUGUAACUUGCUUUCCAAGCUUUCCUUUUUGAAGUCCUUUUGUCCAUUCAUUAGACAACCACGAUUUGGCACUUCAGUAAACAAUUUCACAGCUUCCACUUUUAACGGCUUCAUCCAUAUCUCCUCCCAUCAUUGCCGCCGCUACUCCGAUUUUGUUGAAAUAUUCCACUUGGUCUUCCAUGAUGGUAAUCAACGGAGUUACCACAACAAUCGUAAAUGGCAUUCUAUCCUUUCUUCAUUCCAACGCACGCUUAUUUAGAGGAAAAAGCUGGAAAAUAAGAACUUUUCCAAAGCCAGUCGGUGAGAAAUUGCUAAGAUAUCUAUCCUACCGACUGCGUGUUUUAAACAGUUUCUUUGCUGUUCGAUUUUAACCUCCACGUUAGGAAAGUCACUCAGCCUGUGUUUGUUGCGAGUUUGAAUUCUGCGUGACGGCACGUAGAGUCUGUCAUAACGGCCAUAUCGCAUGUCUCGCUGUGAUCGAAGACGCUCCACUGUUGACAAAAACUGUCAAAACCAACCAAUCAGAGGGUAUACCAGGAUCUGGUAUACCGGAACGCACUUUUGUUAAAAAUUCUUACAAGCGUUCCCGCACCUCUCUCCCCAGUCCCCCUCUACUUUUCAUCGCUUUCUUUACUCCGCACCGCUCUCCACUAUCUGAACGCUUGGAACAGGCUAGCGAAAUUAAGACCACUGAUGUUUGCUGCAUCAGUUGCGGGUGCGUCUGUCUUUGCCAGAUGGUAUUGUAAAAAAAAAGGGAUUAGGACGUACAGAAUUCAACUCUUAAUCAGGGAUCUUAUAUCUGGAUUUUAGCAUGGACAUUGUGUGAAGCUGUUCGGCUAGCCUGAGUACAGACCCCAGGGCUAUUUUUUGGCCUUUACUGUACAUGUGCUGAUCAUGAUUCGUAGAAAAUAAAGGCAAAAGUAACAAUCCUUACGUGGAACCUACUUGAAAUCAUCGAAUGGAUCAACUCCUGCAUAAAAUGCUUGACUGGAAAUGGAAACAGUACUUUUGAGAUAAAACUUCUUUCAAACCAAAAACCACAGGAAAUCGAUGCACAGUAACAGACCGACUUUAUUUAUUAUGCUAAAAAAAAUUUUAAAAAACUUCAAAAGCAUGAUAUACUAGUUGUGUGACAUUUUAGCAAGAUAUUCUAGUUAGGACCUAGCUGAGCUAUAAAUGUUGAGAACAUCCGAGAGAAUGACUGCGUACAUUCUCUUAAAGAGUCCCGAGUCAUGUCGGUCUGUCAACACCUUUUCAACUGUCAGAUGAAACAACAACAAAAUAUGAUUUAUGGUAAUGUGUACUGGAACGUGAGUAAUGACAGUUAUUCCCAGACGUCUCUUCUCCCGAAGAGGGAGGGGGGUCGUCUGUACGCAGGCUAGCACAUAGCUGUUGUUUUAUUUUUUUAUCACCGCCAUGGUCAUCGUGGCUGCUUAAGCUUCCUAUUAUCCCAUUCAAAUAAAAGUGUUUCUUGUUUCAUGAUGGAAAUUUUCUACUGAUUGUAUGUGUUAUUGAUGGUAGGAUGAGCAUCAGGACUACUGUGAAGAAUGUGAAGAGGGUGGGGACUUGUUACUGUGUGACACCUGUACACUGUCUUUUCACUUGCGUUGUCUGGAUCCCCCACUUGAUGAACCUCCUCAGGGAAGAUGGAGUUGUCCUGUCUGU